UCAUACAACGAACUUUAAUGACCUCGUUUAGUAUUAUUCGCCGACCUAAAAUGGGGAUUUUACACGUAUUAUUAUUUUUUUCAUCCGUAUGUUUAGCCAAAGGGGCAAGCUGUAAAACUGGGUACUCUUCAUAUGGGGAGUAUUGCUAUGCUCUGCUGCAAUUACAAGCAUCGUGGGCUGAAGCUCAGCUAUAUUGCAAAGCGUUAGGCGGUUCCCUGGCAGUUAUAGAAGACGCUGAUGAAUCCAGUUUUGUAGAGGGUAUGCUGAGACAAAAACAUGGCAACAUAUCCACGGGUCAGAUAUGGAUAGGUGGCACGGAUCUACUGCAGGAAGGAGUGUGGGUUGCACCAGAAACUCUCGAGCCGUUAACAUUCUUCAACUGGGCCAAAGGUGAACCCGACAAUCUAGGAGGACAGCACUGCCUGGCUAUCUUCAAUAGUGCUAGUUUGGAUUGGGAUGAUAAUUUAUGUGAAGUUCAUAACUAUGCACUGUGUAAAUCCGAAGUUGUCACGGACGAAACUAUUGUAGGCUGAUUGCAAACGCCGCAAAAGAAGUUCAUGUUUUCUGGAAGCCUCAGUGAAAUAAAGACACUGUAUUUUU